AUGAAUGCAGGCAAGGUCAAAAUACAGGGCCUUUACGGCCUGCCCAAGACGCGCACAGUGAUAACACCCGAGACGAUAGCGGCGGUGGCUCAAUUCUUCCGGCGGCACCGGGGCCGGGUCCUCGGACUCACGGGCGCCGGCGUCAGCGUGCUCUCCGGCAUUCCCGACUAUCGCGGCUCCAAGGGCACGUACCGGGUGCAUGGCGAGUACCUGCCCAUCCUCCACAACGACCUGGUGACGCAGCAUGCUUCGCGACAGCGGUACUGGGCACGGGCGGCGCCAAACCUGAUCCACCACGCAUUUGCCACGCUGGAGUCACAAAAGUAUCUGUCGGGUCUGAUCACACAGAACGUCGACGGCCUGCACAAGCAGGCUGGCAGCCAAAAUGUCUUGGAGCUGCAUGGCACACUGAAGAGCGUGAAGUGCCUGAGCUGCGGCGAAGUCGAGUCGCGCGACAAUCAGACGAAGAGCCGCAGCGUCGGCCGGACGGUGAUGUCGACCUGCCGCCGAGACCUGACCUACGAGGAUUGUGGCACCGGCCACUGGAUGCCGACGGUGGUGUUCUUUGGCGGCAACGUCGCUGACUCGGUGCGCAAUCAGUCAUACCAGAUGGUCGACGAUGCCACGGGUCUGUUUGUGUGCGGGACGAGCCUGGCCACAUUCAGCGCGUACCGCCUUGUGCGCAGGGCAAAGGAGCAGGGGAAGGAGGUCAUGGUCGUCAACUUUGGCGAAACCCGAGGCGACCCUGAUGCAACGACUAAGAUCGAAGCCACGGCCGAGGACGUGCUGCCGCAGGGCGGCCACAUAUAG